AUCCCCAUCUCCUCGUCCCUGGGAAGGAGAUGGUUCUGGAGGGGGAUAGGGGAAAGGGGGAAGGGGGAAUGGCAGGGAGCAGGAGGAGGGGAGGUGAGGUCAGGGUGUGAGUCUCUGAGCCCCUUCCCCUGCCCAAGGGAGCAGCUCAGCCCAGCUCUAGAGGGGCCAUCAUGGGACUGUGCCCACUGGGAGGGCACCAGUCUGGAGACAGUGGGUUCACAGUGAGAGUGGGAUGGGGGUGGGAGUGCUGGGGACAGAGGACUUGACUUCCUGAGGUUGGAUGUUGUAAUCUUGGUUCACAAACUUUUGGCCUCAGUCCCUCCUGUUGCUCCUGGUAUUUCUCUGUCCCUUCACUCCCCAACACACCCCCCCCCCCGCCCCAACACGCACACACACACACACACACACACACAGAGCUUCUUUCUGUCUGGGAGUCCCUGGACAAGUCACAUGGGAUUCUGCCCUGGGAGGAACAGGGUUAGGCGUGAACGUGGAGGGCAGUUUCCCUUUCAGGUCCCGGCUCUCUUGGCUUUCCCAUAAGCAGCUGCCCCGGGACUCUCCUGGAGACCUGAUGCCUGCAGCUGAGCUGACCACAGGAGCCUGUGCUGGGGACUGAGGGAGACUUAAAGUUCAGAGAGGAGGUGUGACUUGCCUGAGGUCACACAGCAAGUUAGAGACCCAGCUCCACGACUCGUUGUCUUGGCUUUGGCCCUCGUCAUCCUGCCCACCCAGCGGGGCCUCCCGACCCACCACAUGGCCAUGGACGGGAAGGUGGCAGUGCAAGAGCAUGGGCCUCCUGCGGCCUCCUGGGUCCCCGAGGAGGGAGAGAAGUUGGACCAGGAAGACGAGGACCAGGUGAAGGAUCGGGGCCAAUGGACCAACAAGAUGGAGUUUGUGCUGUCAGUGGCCGGGGAGAUCAUUGGGCUGGGCAAUGUCUGGAGGUUUCCCUAUCUCUGCUACAAAAACGGAGGUGGAGCCUUCUUCAUCCCCUACUUCAUCUUCUUCUUUGUCUGCGGCAUCCCGGUGUUCUUCCUGGAGGUGGCGUUGGGCCAAUACACCAGCCAAGGGAGUGUCACAGCCUGGAGGAAGAUCUGUCCCCUCUUCCAGGGCAUCGGUCUGGCGUCUGUGGUCAUUGAGUCAUAUUUGAAUGUCUACUACAUCGUCGUCCUUGCCUGGGCUCUGUUCUACCUGUUCAGCUCCUUCACCUCUGAGCUGCCCUGGACGACCUGCAACAACUUUUGGAACACAGAGCAUUGCAUGGACUUUCUGAACCACUCAGGAGCCGGCACAGUGACCCCAUCUGAGAAUUUUACCUCACCUGUCAUGGAAUUCUGGGAGAGACGAGUUCUGGGCAUCACCUCGGGCAUCCAUGACCUGGGCGCCCUGCGCUGGGAGCUGGCCCUGUGCCUCCUGCUCGCCUGGGUCAUCUGCUAUUUCUGCAUCUGGAAGGGGGUCAAGUCCACAGGCAAGGUGGUUUAUUUCACAGCCACGUUUCCGUACCUGAUGCUUGUCAUCUUGCUGAUCCGAGGUGUCACCCUUCCCGGAGCCUACCAGGGCAUCAUCUAUUACUUGAAGCCAGAUUUGUUCCGCCUCAAGGACCCUCAGGUGUGGAUGGAUGCGGGCACCCAGAUAUUCUUCUCCUUUGCCAUCUGCCAGGGGUGCCUGACAGCCCUGGGCAGCUACAACAAGUACCACAACAACUGCUACAAGGACUGCAUCGCCCUCUGCUUCCUGAACAGUGCCACCAGCUUUGUGGCUGGGUUUGUUGUCUUCUCCAUCCUGGGCUUCAUGUCCCAAGAGCAAGGGGUGCCCAUUUCUGAAGUGGCCGAGUCAGGUCCUGGGCUGGCCUUCAUCGCCUUCCCCAAGGCUGUGACUAUGAUGCCCUUAUCCCAGCUGUGGUCCUGUCUCUUCUUUAUCAUGCUCAUAUUCCUAGGGCUGGACAGCCAGUUUGUCUGUGUGGAGUGCCUGGUGACAGCCUCCAUAGACAUGUUCCCCAGGCAGCUCCAGAAGAGCGGGCGGCGCGAGCUCCUCAUCCUCAGCAUCGCUGUCACGUGCUACCUCAUAGGGCUCUUCCUGGUCACCGAGGGCGGGAUGUACAUCUUCCAGCUGUUUGACUACUAUGCUUCCAGUGGCAUAUGCCUGCUGUUCCUGUCAGUGUUUGAAGUGGUCUGCAUCAGCUGGGUGUAUGGGGCGGACCGUUUCUAUGACAACAUUGAGGACAUGAUUGGCUACCGGCCAUGGCCCCUGGUGAAGAUCUCCUGGCUCUUCCUGACUCCUGGACUUUGCCUGGCCACUUUCCUCUUCUCCUUGAGCAAGUACACCCCCCUCAAGUACAACAACGUCUAUGUGUACCCGCCCUGGGGAUACUCCAUUGGCUGGUUCCUGGCUCUGUCUUCCAUGGUCUGUGUCCCACUCUUCGUCAUCAUCACCCUCUUGAAGACUCAGGGUUCUUUCAAGAAGCGCCUGCGUCAGCUCAUCACCCCUGACUCCAGUCUGCCGCAGCCCAAGCAACAUCUCUACUUGGAUGGCAGUGCUGGCCAGAACUUUGGGCCCUCCCCAGCAAAGGAAGGACUGAUAGCCGGGGAGAAGGAGACCCAUUUGUAGGGUGUGGCCAGAGGCCAGGCGGCUCCUAAGCCGGGAACCUAGGUCAGGGCCACCCUCCAUUCUCAGCGGACAGCCUCUGCCUCUGUCUCCUGCCACAAUCCUGCUGGGAACCUCUGGAGAGCCACAGGCACCCCCAGCUGGAGGCCAGACCCCUCUCUUGUACUAGCUGGAGCAGCUCCUUCCCUUGUGCUGGUAUCACCACCACUGGGACGUGCCAUGUUGGGAGGCCACUUCCUGUGGGAAGGCACCAUUGUUUUUAUAAAGGGGGGUCUUUUUGGAGGCCGCCAUCUGAUUGUAACACCUCGAGUUAUGAGGACUCCGCUGUGGGGAUGCCUCUUGUUAGAGCUUACUGCAUUUGUACACGGGGAGAGGAGCUGUAAUUGGAACACACACUGCCAUCCAAUGCGGAAGCCUGAUGGGACAGCACACCCUGUUGGAAGUGACAACGGAGCACACUGUGUUGGAUCGGAGGUUCCGUUAGGGGAUUCUUCCUUAGGCUUAACGACAGAGGCAAGCCUUCGCAUGCCGCCAGUCUGGAGCUUCCUCCGAGUCUCUCAUGGCAUCUGCAGCUCCCGCCCUAGUUCCACACUGUUCUUGCAGUGUUUCAUCAGCUUCUGGAGCAUUGGAAUGGAAGGGGCUUAGGAGAUGGUUCCUAGACUUUACAAACACUCGGCAUGCUUCCCUAUACUGUCCGUUCCUCUGCCCAAGGCCGACAUUGCUAACUGAUCACAGAUUCUUUCCCACCUCACAAUCCUUCCGAAUGUGCUCCAGGCAGCACCAUUUGCCAUCCUGCUUCUAACGCAAACCCCUGACUUCAUGGACGAGGAACCUGGAGACCAGAGACAAAGGGACUUUUUCAAGUUCACACGGCUUCUUGGGGGCUAGAGAUAAGACUAAAACCUUAUCUCCUUGUGCUCAGGCCAGUGUCUUCCCAUUAACCCCCUGCCUUAGUUAACAAGUGUGUAUGGAUUGCCUGCCA